GUUGGUUUUUGUGGGCCACGGCUACCCAGGUAUCUUUUUAUUCAGUGGACACCUCAGCCUUGCCUCAGUGUUCCGGGGCACAAUUAACGCUCACCGAUCAACCAACAAGUGGUGUGAGAGUAAUCCGUCAUCUAGGCCCAGACUUUUUUUCCCUCCAAGCCCCAAGCAUUUGGCGAACUUCGUGUGACCUCGUAAUUCGACAACCCAACGCGCCUAUCCCUUUUGCUGAGUUGCAUUACCAUACCACCGUCGUUGCCUCACCUUUUCGGUUUGUUGUCGUUGUUACAGUAAGAGGCAUCCGGGAACUUCCGGCUGCUACACCUGUGAGUACACAAUUUACCUCUUACUGCAACAUUGAGACAUGCAGCAGCCCGAGCAGAUGACUGGUCAGCCUUAUCGUGCUCUCCGUAUGGCGAAGCCCAUUUCCGUUUUUGGACGGGGCUUGCCAAAGAGUAUAUGAAGCGCCUUGAGGAACAUUCAUCUGGACCUCUUCCCUCCCAUCAUCAUCAUCAUCCUCAACAUCAACAACAAGUAUCAGCAAAGCAACAAGAGCAACAAUCUAUCUCAUCUGUCCGUACACACAAGCAAUCCACCAAUAAUCAAUCUCACUAUACCUCACACACACCUACCCACCAAACCCAAUGGCGUCACCAACGACAAAGCGCACAACCGUCAUGUCUGAAUCAACAAUGCACAACCACGGCGACAGCUGGUUCGAGAAUCUCAACAAGCUGGCCGUCGAGUACAUCGAACGCAGAGAAUCCCGGGUAGAAAAGAAGCCAGUGGCACAGAGUAUCAUGCACUGCUACGGCGAUUCAUGGUUCGAGAACCUGAAUUCUCAACGAGAAGAGUUUGAAAGUCGGAAAUUCCACGACUCUUCUUCUUCGCCACAAACCCAACCACAACAACCCGAACAACGUCAAUCGCGACCUGAAAUGCACAACUACGGAAGCAGUUGGUUCGACAAGUUUGAACCCAUGUGGGAGGACUGGCAGCACGUGAGGAAGGGUGAGUCUGAGCCUGCCCAAGCUUAGUUCUUGAGUUGGAACUAUUGCACCCAGCACAGCCUCGCUCUAGCUAUCGUGUCAUGUGUGGGCAUGUUCGUGUGUUGACCAAACUUUUUGCUUGUCUUUCGUCUUUCUAGAUGUCGAUACGAUCCAGAAACUCGAGCAUUGCUACAUCGACAGCGACGACGAAAGUUGCGAGCUUGGUAUAUGAGGACGGGACCGUCCGCACAAACAUGUCCCACACCUUGACACGAUAACUUGUCAAGAGGCUGGGCAACGACCGCGUAACGGUUUGGGCGGUUUCGGGGGAAGAAAAGGCGUUUCGAGGCGUAUCAGGGUGUAUCGUAACUGGUUCUAAUUAUCUUGGGAGAACAUUUUUCUCAUGAAUCUUCCGGCAAGCGAGUGAAUGCGAGUUUUCCUGCCUUUCGAUGAAUCAAAAGAUAUGAAAGAUGAUUCCCUACCCUGGACCCAGACCUCCUCCUGUCCCCUUUUCAUAAUCGGCACUCACGCUUCACAACGGGUCUAAUCAUCAGAAGAGGUACUGGGGAUGGAAACACGAAUUGAUAUUAAUACAUAUACAGACCUGGAGAAGCAAAAUAAUUACCUCAUUUGGGUUGGUUGUCUUGUCUGUCUAAUUGUCAUCGAUGGAUCCUCACCGAUGUGGUGUGGUCUGAUUUGAUAUGAUCACAGAGCAAGGCACGACAGAAUCCAGACACCCGCGCAUACACACUCCCACACACUUUACUCUGUAAUGAUGUGAUCAUUUCAAACAGGUCUCCAUCUCAACAAGACUAUUCGUAUGGCAAAAAGGAUGAAGCAUCUGGUUAAACCAAUUCUUCGUCAUCGACGGACGGGGCAGUGUUUUUUUCUUUGGCCGUGUAACAGUACGUACCUAGGUAGGAAGUAAGUGCAUGCAGAAGCUCCUCCCCCGGGCCGUCUCACUGGGAAGGGAGUAGCACCUACUCCUUUGGAAAUCAGCUGUUCAUCAUGAUAUGUACCUUGUAGUACAAGAAAGAUGGCAACACCAAACCGCAGCAUUUCCAAGAGCCUUGGUUUCCACUCUGGACCACUGACAGAUGAUGAUCCAUGUUUCACGCCGGUGCCUUACCUACCUACGAUAGGAUCAGUUUGUCUACACGAGGUUACGCGUGCUACUCGGAUUGGAUUGGAACGUAACCCCGGUCGUGCCAACCUCGGAUCUCUUUGCGUGUCAUGACUCUUCGUUUUUGGUCUCCUGACAGGCGAGAACCCCUAGGCUGUACAGUACAGAGGGGGUUUAGAGAGAUAAGUUGGUAACGGAGUUAUCUACUCCGUCCAAUGUCCAUCCGUCCUUGGAAGAUGGGAGAGGGAGGGGGGACCAGAUGAGGAGAGGUUCAACUAUCAGGCCACAAACGAGACAAGUACCUACCGAGAGGACAACUUGUGUAGCGUAUACAUCCAAGGAAUGACAUUGUGAGCAUGUCUCGCUUUGAUCAACCUCAACCCCCUCCCCCCCUUUUCCCUCCCUGUCCUUCUCUACCUUCCCAGUACAUUGGUAAGUAGUUUGACAAGGGACAAUAUCUUGGAUAAAGGAAGACCGGAAUCGAUUACGCCCAGGUGAAAAAUUAAUCUCCUUUAUAAAUUUUUCGAGUGAGUUACUGUGACUCGUAGUAGUCUCUCACACUCUCACACACGUACAUACGCACAAAAACCAUGUCCUGUCCUCCCCCAUUGUUCGUGUAUAUGGUUCUGAGGGUAUUUGUGGGGGACUUUUGUUUCUUUGAAAAAAAUGCCCCCAAAAUCCAAAACCAUUCCCUUAAAACUCCAGUGUCCCAAUGCAUCGUGAUAAAACACCCCCUUUCAUUCGUUAAGAUAGGCAGUUAAGUAAGGCAUGCAUGAUCCAAAU